UUGGUUCAAAAAGAGCUGCAUUUUUAGUGCUGUGAACUGUGCUCAGGAUUUUCUAGGUUGUCCUUCCAGAACUCUGGUCACACAUCCUCACCACGUAACUCUGCUUGCCUAUUUGUCUCGAAAGAGUUUGAAUAGCUCGUAAUGACAUCACCAUUGGCAAAUGCAAUGGAAGAGGGCAAAGCUGAAGAUGUGCAGGAUAUUCUGCGACUGAAGGUGCAAGGCUGUUCAUACACAGCCAGGCGCGAGUCUCUGUGCCGCUCUAAGGAUUCCAUGCUGGUGUCCAUGUUUAGUGGACGCUUUCCUAUGAAAGUGGAUGAAUCAGGAGCAUGUCUAAUUGAUUGAGAUGCAAACCUGUUUAAAUAUUUUUUGGAUUAUCUUCAUGGAGAAGUUCAGAUUCCUGGAGAUGAAAAAGUUAGAACUGCACUGCAGGAGGAAGCAGAUUAUUUUGGAAUCCCUUAUCCUUAGAGUGUGUCUGAUCAUUUGGCUAAUGAAAUGGAAAUACACUCUUCAAGGUCCAAUAUAGAGCUCAAAAAGGCUUUGUUGGAUUUCUGUGAUUCUUACCAUUUAGUUUGCACCAAGCCUGCAGUCUGGGUCCUGCACUAUCUCGACACUUCUGGAGCAAGCUAUGAAAGUAAAAUUAUUGGUGUGUAUGCCACAAGAGCUGAUGGGACUGAUGCAAUAAAUAAGGCACUAGGAAUGAAAAUUCAUGGUAAAAGCAUGUAUAAAAGAGAAGCUGGAAAUAACAUCCAAUACAUCUGGAACUAUUACUCAGUAGCUGAGCUGUAAAAGAUGAGGGAUGCUUUCAAUGCCUGGGAAGGGAGAGGUGUCAGCUACUGGAGAGUGCCUCAGGAGCUGACUGAAUGUUGGACUCUGGAAGAACACCCUCUUAGAGGCAGUUUGCAUCAUAUGCCUCCAGUUUAUAAAAUAUAUGCUGAUUUGCAUAGGUGGCAUAAAAUCACAUGUAAAGUGGGUCUCCAGCCAGUUAGAUUCUCAGGUCCCUCAACAAGUACUCACAUAAAAGUCAAGAAUUCAUCUUCAUUAAAGGUAGCUGCUUGCAAUGCUUUACAUUCUGCAGCAAUUCUUAAAUGACCCUGUAGUGUAAGUCUGGUGCUGCACAAAGAAGCUUCUUAAACCACAUCCACAACAUGCACAUCAGUGGCCAGCAAGUCCCGGGCUCCCCGAGGAAGGCAGAGUGCUGGCAACGGGCCACUGAGCCAAAUGCCAUUCCAAGCUGCAGGGAGUAAGAAGCCUGUGAACAACCGUGCAGUGAAGGUGAAAAGGACUCUGCUUUUUCUUGUGACACCAUCUCAGCCACCACCUUCUGCAUCCAGUAAAACAAGUGAGCAGGACAGUGUUGAAAUUCCUGCAGUGCUAAACAAGAAAGAACCAGCUAUAUUAGCAGAAAGUAUUACGUUUAAGAAUGAUAAAGUGGAUGGGUAAUGUUUGACUCAGUCUGACAGACUGGACAGCUCUACAUUAUAUGGUUGAAGAAGAGGUCAUUAUCUCAUGUGAUCCUUUAUUCAAGAUUAGGUAGAAAAUUGUGAUGAAAAAUAUAAUGAAAAGCACAGGAAGAAAUUUUUUAAGAGCAUUGAAAUGUGUUUUCUGCUUUAUUUCUAGGUAUUUUUUAUAUGUUGUGAAGGGAGGAAGAAAAAUGGAUUAAGAAAAAUCACUCAAGCACAUGCAGCUUAACAUUCCAGUAACUCCCAUUUGUAUUUCUGUUGUGCUGUACUGUAAAGUGAGUACUUGCACAGCAUAAAAGAAAACAUCUUUAUCAACUUUAACUACAGUGAACCUCAAUUUGUAACUUUAAAGGGGGGACGGGGGAAGAAAAGAUAAAAGUAAGUAGAUUUUAUUAGACAGAAGUUUGCCACAAGUGUGCAACAUAUGUGUGCUGCAGAGACACCAGAAGCUGAAUGCACUUACUGGCACUUCUGGUGAGGGUAAAUCACCAUUUUUGCUCUGACUAGAAAUGCAAGGGAUCACUUGUGCUUGUACACUGAGAGAAAAUUCAGAAACACAGGAAGGGAAGAAGUGUGCUGUGUGAGUAACAAGGCUGCUCUCUCUGGAGAGACACACAUUUACAGACACACACAAUACUGUGGUGUGAUCUGCCACUGAGGCAAGGCUGGUGCAGCUGUGGCAUUUUGUGUCACACUGCUAGGGGAUGGCUUUUCUGGGGCUGCAGGGUCUGAGUUACACCUGGCCUUCCAUGUCCUUCUGCAGGUCCUUUCAGAUCAGGAGGGCACAACCUCAACUGUGUGCAGCAAAGCAGAGGAGCUGAGGUUGAAAUGCUGUGGUUUAAAGAAAACAUCUCCCUCGUCCCCCCUGUGCAGGUGGGAGGAGACGUUCUUGUAGCCGGGCAAAUGUUGAGUAAUGACACUGAAACAAAGAGCUGCUGUA